AUGACUGACGCAAUCAAGAAAGGUGCUGAAGCCGUUAAGGAUAAAGUUGCAGAAACAACAUCCGGAGCCAGCCAUGAAGCUAAUAAAGCUGCUGCUAAAGAUUCAGAUCGAUCACUUGGAGAUCGUGCUGGCCAUGCCGUUGAUGCUGUAAAAGAUAAAGUCGAUGAAAAAAAACAUGAAGUAUCAAAAGAAGCAAACAAAGAAGGUGCUGAACAUGAUGCUAAAGGUAUUGUCGAAACCGUUAAAGAAAAAGCUGCCGAAGCAUAUAACUAUGUUGCCGGAGGCGAAGACGGUAAAGGUCUUGUUGAAACAAUAAAAGAAAAAGCUAGCGAUACUUACGCUUAUUUAGCUGAAAAAGCUACUGAAGCAACACAUGCUUUAAGUGGUGAAGCUAAUAAGGAAGUUGCCAAAGACUCCAAUCAAUCAGUUGGUACACGUGCAGGUGCUGCUGUUGAUGCUGUUAAAGACAAGGUUCAAGAAAAAACGAGUGAAGCUAAAGCUGACGCUCACAAACAUAAUUUAUAA